AUGAAAUACAUCCAUAGACUAUUCGUUUUAUCAGCAAUUUUACUAAUACUUAUAUUCAACAUAAUAUAUUUCAAUGACAACGAUGCAAAUCAAAAAGACCAAAUUUUAAAGAAUGAAAGACAUACUAUAGAAAACUCAUAUUUUUCACCACCAUCUAAAAAAUAUACAGACAAAGAGCGUAAAUGUCAUAAUUAUUUCCUAGACUUGUAUAUGAAAGAUUUAGAAUGGUCACAUGGGGAAAUGCGAAUUUUCCACAAUUAUGAUAUCCUAGAUGAUAAUAUAAUGAAAGGUAUUAUGGAACAUUUAAGAAUAUACACAGAUUGUUAUUUACAUGAUAAUGAUCUAAUGCUGCCAACUGAAGACUUUCCUGAUUUAGAAUAUAGACUAUUCCCAUUUUUAAAUCCGCAAUUGUUUACACCUUUUAUUGAAGACAACGACAACAAAGAUGAUUCUUUAAUACCAAAAGUUUAUGACACAAGAAAAAAUUUAACUGAUAAUAUAUAUAGUGGCAUUUUAACAAACAAUGAAAUGAAAAGACAAAUAAAAGAAAAAUAUGGGAAAAGUUUUUGGAAAUUUUGGCGAGAUAUAGGCAAUCUUUAUAAUGAGGACUUGGGAAGUUUUCAGAAGGGGAUUACUAUGACUAUGGGACCAAGACAUGUUACAUUAUUAUAUAAAUUAUUACAUAUUUUGGAUUUGUUAGGUAAUGAGUUACCCAUACAAAUAAUAUUCACAGCAUUACCUGAUGGCACCGGCAACAAAGAUUCUGAAUUUGACCAAAAUUUAUUGUCAGAAAUCAGUAAAAACAUAAACGAGAGAACUAACCAGCAUGUUUAUUUUGUUGACUGUGGUGACUUAUUAAAUCCAGAUUAUAUUACCAAUAAAAGUUUUGCCUUUUUUAUUCAUAAAUGGCUAGCUAUGAUUUUUAAUACUUUUGAGGAAGCUUUAUUUUUGGAUGUGGAUGCUAUUCCGUUUGUUAAGCCUGCUGACUUUUUUGAAUUAAAGGAAUAUCAAAGUACAGGGGCUGUUUUGUUCAGAGAUCGAAGACUAGAAAACGAACAUACUUUUGAAUAUUGCAUCAAUAUGUUUAAUAAGAUGAUACAAACUGAAACUGAAGAGAAAAAGUGGAAACAUCCGAUCCCCAAAGAAUUCCAACUGGACACAGAUGACACUACUGCUGAUAAAGACGUGGAGAAUAAAGAAUUUCACAAGGUGUAUUAUGAAUUCUUUCAUAAAACAUUUUUACAUCAUAUAGACAGUGGAUUGGUUGUAAUGAAUAGAAAAAAAAAGUUAAAUUCUUUGUUGUCAUCUUUUAUAUUAAAUCUAUCGGCAAAAGCAAGCAGAUGUGUUUAUGGAGAUAAAGAAAUGUUCUGGCUGGGUCCAUUAUUUCAGUUGGAUACUCAAGUGUCUAUUAUACCGUCAGAUGGCGCUGUUGUAGGUUCGAGAGUGCAGGAUCGAAAAACAAGUUUAACAGGGGAGGACGAACAGGACACCAAUAUUAUAGAAGUAUGUGGUACUCAGUUAGCACAUAUUUAUCCUAAAAACAAAAAAAUAUUGUGGACUAAUGGUGGAUUGAAAACCUGCAAGAUGGAUAAAGUGUAUGCAGCAGCUUCGGAUUAUUCAAAAGAUGGUAAAUUUUUUGAUGAUAGAUUUCAAAUUAAUGGAGACUUGAAAAAAUUGGAAGAGAUUUAUGAUAAAGCAUUAAAUUUAGAGUAUGCCUUAAUACCGGAUGUCACGUAUCAACCAUGGGUUAAAAAUAAAGAGUGUAUGGAAUAUAGCUAUUGUGCUUAUACAAAUCCUAAAUUAAAAAAGGGUACGACUAUUAAAUUUAAGAAGAAAGAGGUGGCAUUUUUGAAUAGUAUAGCGACAGCAUGGAACGAUUUUUAG